GUCACGUGACGGUCUGGUGGCGACGGCGGUAGCGGCCGCGGCGUCUUCAGCGGCGCCCAGUGCAGGAUGGUGCUGGCGGCGGCGGCGGCGGCCCUGGUGGCGGUGUCGUUGGCAGCAGCGGGAGGGGGUGCUGUGGCGAAAGCGGCGCCCGCGGGCGAUAUAAAAUGGCGGAUUUCGAGGAGUUGAGGGAUCUCCAGUACAAUGUUGAAUAGAAGCGGUGAUGGGGCAUCCUGAUCUUGUUCCUGAUUUUAAAGGAAAUGCUUUCAAAGUUUCACAAAUAUGGUUUCUAGUUUUAGGGUUUCUGAACUACAAGUGUUACUGGGCUUUGCUGGACGGAAUAAAAGUGGACGUAAGCAUGACCUCCUGAUGAGGGCGUUGCAUUUACUGAAGAGCGGCUGCAGCCCUGCGGUUCAGAUUAAAAUCCGAGAAUUGUAUAGACGCCGAUACCCACGGACUCUUGAAGGACUUACUGAUUUAUCCACAAUCAAAUCGUCGGUUUUCAGUUUGGAUGGUAGCUCAUCACCUGUAGAACCUGACUUGCCUGUGGCUGGAAUCCACACGUUGCCUUCCACUUCAGUUACACCUCACUCACCGUCCUCUCCUGUAGGUUCUGUGUUGCUUCAAGAUACUAAACCCACGUUUGAGAUGCAGCAGCCAUCUCCCCCAAUUCCUCCUGUCCAUCCUGAUGUGCAGUUAAAAAACUUGCCCUUUUAUGAUGUUCUUGAUGUUCUCAUCAAGCCCACCAGUUUAGUUCAAAGCAGUAUUCAACGAUUUCAAGAGAAGUUUUUUAUUUUUGCUCUGACUCCUCAACAAGUUAGAGAGAUAUGCAUAUCCAGGGAUUUUUUGCCAGGUGGUAGGAGAGAUUAUACAGUUCAAGUUCAGCUGAGACUUUGCUUGGCAGAGACCAGUUGCCCUCAAGAGGAUAACUAUCCCAAUAGUCUGUGUAUAAAAGUAAAUGGGAAGCUCUUUCCUUUGCCUGGCUACGCACCACCACCUAAAAACGGGAUUGAACAGAAGCGCCCCGGGCGCCCUUUGAAUAUUACGUCUUUAGUCAGGUUAUCUUCAGCUGUGCCAAAUCAGAUUUCCAUUUCCUGGGCAUCAGAAAUCGGAAAGAAUUACUCCAUGUCUGUAUAUCUUGUACGACAGCUCACAUCAGCCAUGUUAUUACAGAGAUUAAAAAUGAAAGGUAUUAGAAACCCUGAUCAUUCCAGAGCACUAAUUAAAGAAAAACUUACUGCAGAUCCUGAUAGUGAAAUUGCUACAACUAGCCUUCGGGUAUCCUUGAUGUGCCCUUUAGGGAAGAUGAGGCUGACAAUCCCAUGCCGAGCAGUGACUUGCACGCAUCUGCAGUGUUUUGAUGCUGCUCUUUAUCUGCAAAUGAAUGAGAAGAAGCCCACCUGGAUUUGUCCUGUAUGUGACAAGAAAGCUGCCUACGAAAGUCUAAUUUUAGAUGGGCUUUUUAUGGAAAUUCUCAAUGACUGUUCUGAUGUGGAUGAGAUCAAAUUCCAAGAAGAUGGCUCUUGGUGUCCAAUGAGACCGAAGAAAGAAGCUAUGAAAGUAUCCAGCCAGCCGUGCACAAAAUUAGAAAGUCCAAGUGUCGUCAGUAAACCUUGUUCAGUGGCGGUAGCCAAUGAGGCAAGCAAGAAGAAAGUGGACAUUAUUGACCUAACAAUAGAAAGCUCUUCCGAUGAAGAGGAAGACCCUCCUGCCAAAAGGAAGUGCAUCUUUAUGUCAGAAACGCAAAGCAGCCCAACCAAAGGGGUUCUCAUGUACCAGCCAUCUUCCGUAAGGGUGCCCAGUGUGACUUCGGUUGACCCCGCUGCUGUGCCGCCUUCAUUGACAGACUACUCGGUACCAUUCCACCACACGCCGAUAUCGAGCAUGUCAUCGGAUUUGCCAGGUUUGGAUUUUCUUUCCCUUAUUCCAGUUGAUCCCCAGCAGUACUGUCCUCCUAUGUUUUUGGAUAGUCUCACCUCACCCUUAACAGCAAGCAGUACGUCUGUCACCACCACCAGCCCCCAUGAGAGCAGUGCUCAUGUUAGUUCAUCCAGCAACAGGAGUGAGACAGGGGUCAUAACCAGCAGUGGAGGUAACAUUCCUGACAUCAUCUCAUUGGACUAAAGGAGGACUCACUCAGUUCUAGGAAUCAUUCAUCAAAACUGCUCCUUCUUGGAUCUCUGGUCCAUGGAAGCUAUUUUUUUUAUAACAAUUACUUUGAUAUUUAUUAAAACGUCAAAUGGAUUCUUUUGCUUUCUGAGAAAUGAACACAGAUGACUGCAGCAAGAACCAAAUGACACACGAGACUUCUUAUUCAUGCUGUAUUCUCAGCAUCAAAUGCAUUCAGCCAUUAACUAUCUUCUCGGGAGAUGGAUUUCAAUUUCAUGUUACUGGAUGGAUUCUACAAAUCAGUUAAACAUAUUUUUGGUUGUAAUAAACAGCAAUAAAAUCAUGUAAAUGUUCAAGUAAACUUUUUUCUAAUUAAAAAAAGAUGUAAUCAAUGAUUCUGAAAUGACAGCAACGUUUGUUUAACCCGAUGUGAAGGAAAAAUCAUAUGGAAAGAAAUUAAGCUUGCCAAAUGAGUCCCUAACAUGGAGAUUUGGUCUCUUUCGUUGAACUGAUGAAGUCUUGAUGAGUGGACAAAGCUUGGGUUCCACUUUUCUUCUGCAGUCCCAGUUUUCUUCCUGAUUGCAUCAAAGAAAAUGGUCUUUGUGUUACGCAUUUUUUCCCCUGGUUGUCAUUUACAUUCUGAUAUUGUUUGCUACUGGAUACAGAGAGAAGGUCUAGGGCGUGGUGCUCUGCACUAGCGAGUGUGUUGAAGAACACGACGCAGAUUCUGCCCUGACACGAUGCGUGUGGUUUUGGAAAUUGAACAUUUCAUUGUAGGGAUUUCUAUAAAUUUUGGGCUUGCCUUUUCAAAAAAGAAAUUCUGUGCAGCCAUUGAAGGAAAUAUUUUUGGAGUAAGGUGGCUGGAGUGUUAGAAUUGUGUUCAUACCAUCCAGAAGUAUGGAGAGCUUGGAGGCAGUGGAAGAACAGAUUUAGGGGAGGUGGGAAUAACAAAGUUUAACUUGUUUUUAAGAACUUAUUUUGCUCGUUUACUUUAUAGAAUAAUAUUCAAGUCUUUGUUGAAACGUUUCAGAUUUUCAUAACCCUGACCAAAGUAUGUUUUAGAUCUCUGAUUAUAUUGAAAGAAAAAGCAAAUAGCAAGAGAUGGGGAUGGCGUCAGAUUUCCUUUUUCUUUUUUAAAGGGAAAUCUUUCCUGAAAUCGCAAAAGAUGAAAUAGAAAUGUUUGAAUUUAAUUAAGGAAGUGUGGUUAGGAGGAUGAGCCUGAGCCCCACGUUGAAAACCACUGUCUGAUAGCUUGUGUUUGAUUUUAAAUCUCUCAAAAAACUGAAUUUUACCCUUAGAGAAACAUUUUCAUUUAACUUCCGUAUUUUAUUUUGCUUCAUUUGGCUUCCUACGUAAUUUUCGAGUUCUCCAGGAGUUAGUACUUUCCCAGCGCUUAGCUUUCUCUCCCCAGUCUGUCUCUACUUUAAAGGUAAAGCCCUUUUUGUAAAAUGACUAACCUAACUGAUUCUCAGGCUGAAGUGCCCAGAUGAAGAGUAUCAGUUUCAGUUAGACUAGAGACGCGUCACUCCAGGGCUGGCGCAACUCCAGGGAGCUGACUUGUCGAGUGCUUGGUUUUUACACCUCCUCGGGUUUUCAUGGCCUGUGUGUACCUUUUGUACUGACCUUGGUCCAUGUGGUUUCCUGUAUCAUCUGUUUGACUACAACGUCCCCUUACCUAAUAAACUUGGAAUACUGUGCCAUAGUUGCCAGUUCUAUCUCGUCAUUCGAUUUCCAGUCCAUGUUGCAGUCUUUUGGCCCGGUUACAGAAUUUCUUCAUGGUAAAGUUUUAUGUUGCUGCUUUAAAUACAGAUGUAAUUUCUGUUAACUCUGUAUUCAGAUAGAAAAAGUAACCUGAUGUGUGUGAUAUAAUUUGUUAAUAAAGAAAUGAAGUAUAUUUGUUAUCAUUUGUUACCCUUCAGAUUUUCAGAGACUCCCCUCCCGAAUUUAACCAACAGAGUUUUUAUAAGGUAAAUGAAAAUAUUAAUAGAAAUUAGUUUAUUUUCUUGGUUCUUGUAAUGGAUACCUCUGCUUUUGUAGUUGUGAUUUGUUUUCUUUUUGAUGUUUUAUGUGAACAACUUUAGUGUUCGUUUUGGUGCUUCCCACUGAAAUUACAUAUACAUUUUUAAUUUAUCUCAUGCAGGCGACUUAACAUUUUUUCAAAAUCACUUCAGUUUAUAAUCUUAAACUUGGGGUUUUACCCACGUAAGUUGGAAGAUGAGCACUUUUCUUUGUGCCUUUGGCCUUAUGAUAACAAGCAUGGUUACUAAGCCAUUACUCUUUCUCAGUGUGGUCACUGAGUAUUUUCACCAGGACCCUCAAUUUUUAGCAGUUGGUUUUGCUAGCCCGGACUUCCUGUUUAACCAAGUAUAAGGCAGUUUCAGAGGAGGUCGUCUUAACUGUUGCUUAGAUGUCAGCCGACUGGUGAUUAUGUAGAGUAUUCUGUUUAAGGAAAGGAUCUGCGGUUACCAAUCUCUUAAAGGCACCUGCCACCCUUCAUUGUUAUCUUUACUCCUGUAGAAAUGUUAAGGGCUUUUCUUGCUUUGGUGACUCCUGGCGGUGUACUUGGUGCUGCAUAUAGCUUCACACCUAAGGUCUGCUUACAUUCUCUGACCUUCUGACCCUUGGGCGAGCCACUUUAGGGUUUUACUCCCGUUUCUGCUCGGAAGGUGUAAAUACCUAGCAUUUGGUCCUGGGACAAUUAUAAAGGCCCAAUGGAAUAGUGGAGGUACAUUUAGGUUAUAGGACACUUCUCUAAUGUGUUUCAGGAAAGCUAGAAUGCAAAUAUCAUGAUUAGAAAUUCUGAAUAUAAAUAAAUUGGUCUGUAACUCUUGGUAUAAAACAAGUUUCCCUAGGGUAGAAUCUUCAGGAAUUUGAAGAAAAGUAAGGUGUUGCAUUUUAGGUGAAGUGUUCCACAGAGACUGUUCUGACUUUGAGAUUCAGACCUUGCAGACAUUCUGCCUUCAGACCAAUCCUGGACACUUACAAUCUAGUGACCAAUUGUCUGUUUUCCUUCUGCCUUUAAAAUCUUUAUUAGUUACAUUUUGUCUUUUUAAAGUUGGUUUUUACAAAGCAUUAGUUUAAGUCUCAGAUGUGCUGUUCAUUUGUAGCCCUCAGUUGGUCAAAAAGCAUUCAAUGGUUUUAUUAUUUUUUUUAAGUAAACCCUUUAUUUUCCUCAUUUCCUUUUCAUCUUGAAGACUGUAGAGCAGUGUGCCAUUUAAACUUGGUUAACAUUGUAUGUAGUGGCCCUGGAUCCACGUGGUGUGGGAGCUCACAGGCAUGUAGACGGGUGAUUGACAGCGCAAUCUGAUUGACCGGCUUUUUGCUACAGUUUUACAGUAAUAUGGUGAAACUUGUGGAAAAGACUUUUAAGAAUGUCUCUGCUUUUUUAAGAGUCUGAUGCUACUGUCAAAUAAAUGAUUGGUUUGUAAGCAUUUUUUUUGUUGUUGUUGCUAGGAACCACACCAGUUCCUGGCAGAAACAAAUAAAGCUAUAUAGAAAUGUCCACUCUUCUUUAAUGCUUGUCUGAGUCAAUAAUGUUUUUGUUUCAUUUAACACAGUUAUGCAUUCUCAUUAUGGGAAAUUU